CACUCAGUGACAGUUCUGCAGUGCCGGUUUUUUCGCUCCUGCGAGAGUUGGGUUCCUGCGGGAUUUGAGGACCAAUCAGCAGCGCCGACGGAGCCCCGCCUUCCAUUGGCCGGCGUCGUCCCGGAAGCACAUGCUGGGCUGGGCGAGCAGUACAGUCUUCGAGGCGCUGCUGCGGUAUCGCUAGCGUGGAUAUCGGGACAGACUGUGGCUCAGCCGCUGCAGGUAGACGCUAAAGGUUUUGCAGGGAAGCGGAGGGCGGAGCCGCUGGCCCCGAGAACAAAAUGGCAGAUGCUGAAGCAGGCAAGAAGAUCUUUAUUCAAAAAUGUGCUCAGUGCCACACAGUGGAAAAAGGUGGAAAACACAAGACUGGUCCAAAUCUCUGGGGCCUUUUUGGCAGAAAAACAGGACAAGCGCCAGGAUUUUCUUAUACCGAGGCAAACAAAAGCAAAGGCAUUAUCUGGGGAGAGCAGACUCUGAUGGAAUAUUUGGAGAACCCAAAGAAAUAUAUCCCUGGAACUAAAAUGAUCUUUGCUGGUCUUAAAAAGAAGAGUGAGAGAGAAGAUCUUAUUGAGUAUUUGAAACGGGCAACAUCUUCAUGA